AUGCAAAACCUGUACACUGCAACUGCACAGACACAGUCAUGUCGUUUGGUCGUUCCGCAAAAAAUAUUCAAGACUCGUGUGCUUGCGAACAAUGUGACUCGUAUAUUGCUCCUACACAGUCGUCCUGACAAUGACCUGUCGCUGGCUGACAAUGACAGCCCACUGAUAACACACAGUCGUCCUGACAAUGACCUGUCGCUCGCUGACAAUCACAGCCCACUGAUAGCACACAGUCGUCCUGACAAUGACCUGUCGCAAGCUGACAAUGACAGUCCACUGACAGCACACAGUCGUCCUGACAAUGACCUGUUGCUAGCUGACAAUUACAGCCCACUGAAAACACACAGUCGUCCUGACAAUGACCUGUCGCAAGCUGACAAUGACAGUCCAUUGACAGCACACAGUCGUCCUGACAAUGACCUGUCGCUAGCUGACGAUGAAAGUCCACUGAUAACACACAGUCGUCCUGACAAUGACCUGUCGCAAGCUGACUAUGAAAGUCCACUGAUAGCAGACAGUCGUCAUGACAAUGACCUGUCGCUCGCUGACAAUCACAGCCCACUGAUAGCACACAGUCGUCAUGACAAUGACCUGUCGCAAGCUGACAAUGACAGUCCACUGAAAGCUCACAGUCAUCCUGACAAUGAUCUGUCGCUAGCUGACAAUGACAGUCCACUGAUAACACACAGUCAUUCUGACAAUGACCUGUCGCUGGCUGACACUCACAGUCCACUGAUAACACACAGUCGUCCAGACAAUGACCUGUCGCAAGCUGACAAUGACAGCCCACUGAUAACACACAGUCGUUCUGACAGUGCCCUGUCUCUGGCUGACAAUGACAACCCACUGAAAACGCACAGGCCUCCUGACAAUGAGCUGUAGCUAGCUGACACGUCACCGAAAACACUCAGUCAUCUAGAACAUGACCUGUUGCUAUGUGACAAUGACACGGUCGUGGACAAACCAAUGCGUCUUGACAGUGACGUCAUAACAGCUGACAAUGACAGACUGCUCUCACAAAUUAGAUUUAUUGGCAGCAAGACGACAAGGCCAUAUAGGGAUUAACUAAAUUUGAUAGUUACUUAUUCAAAAGUUCCUAAUGAUUAAUCCGUUUAUGUACUAUAAACACGAUCCGAUGACGCAAGUAGCAAAAUUAUUGUAAAUGUUAUUUGUCCGACUGCUUGGAAAUCGCAAUUAAGUACAAAAUCGGAUUAACAAAACUUUUAUCUGUGAACUAUCAAAGACCAAAGAUCAGAAACAAAGCAUACGUCCAUUUGCCACCCACCGUUAUGAAGGAUCACCGACAAACCAGGGAUGGGGCGGUGAUCCAGACUUGUGGAUUGCAAACGGACGUUCAUAUCGCACCCAUUGUCGAAUAAAACAAUCAUUCUAAAUUA